UUGUUGUUGCUACAUGGCGGAACCGGGCGGAACACGCACUCCUGAGUCGUAACCAUAGACUGUGGUUGUAACGAGGCUUCAUUCAAGUCUAGUUAAUAAUAGUGUCGAACUGUACAGCUGUACAGCUUUCUGCGUGGACAGACACGGAGUCCGUUGAGAAAACACGAGUACUUUGUUUGUUUUUGUGUCUGUUUGUGUGUUCGUCGAGAAGUGCUAAGAUGUGCACACAGACGAGGGCUGCUGCUCUGAUGGCGAACAUCCCGCAGGCUGACAUCGACCCGUCCGGCGUCUUUAAGUACGUCCUGAUCCGAGUCCACAGCAAAGAGGAGGGAGACGACUCGGAGGUAGAUAUAGUUCGAGGAUACGGCUGGGCUGAGUACCAUGCUGAUAUCUACGACAAGGUUUCUGAGGAGCUGGAAAAGGAUGGAUACCUGGACUGUGAGUGUGUCGGAGGAGGAAGGAUCAAACAUGAUGCCCAGGCUAAGAAGAUCCAUGUUUAUGGAUACUCCAUGGGAUUUGGAAGAGCAAAUCACGCAAUAACUACUAAGAAGCUGAAGGUUCGGUAUCCUGACUACGAGGUGACCUGGGACAAUGAAGGAUACUGAAUGGACUUUGAUGGACCCUCUUUCUCCUGGACUGACAAGGCACUUACUCCAAACCCUCAUAAGAGGGGACGGCUUGUCAAUCAAAGCCAUACACAAUCUAACAAGGAUAUUUUUGACACCACAUUAAUAAAAACAGAACCCUAGACUGAUCAACAGUGACAGAUCUGAUUAGAGAAAGAAGGCAUCUUAGUCUUAUAUUCAUGUCACAGUGGAGUGAGGAAAUAGACAACUUGAAACUAAAACAAUAUUUUUGUUAAAUUAGGAAUUUAGGAAGUGUUCUACUCAUGGGAUAAUGAUGGAUUAAAUAACUGGUCCUGACAGGUUUGUUGUCACUCACUGACUUGUUUUAGAGUCACAUAGCGUUAUUGAAUGGACAUUUUUACUCAGAUAUAUUGGAACGUGAACCUUCAAUUCUUGGUCCUGGUGUUUUUUUUUGUCAUACAUGUUUCCUGAAGUUGACUGUUUACAAACCGUGUGCCUUCCUGUGUGGCAAGAAAAUGAAAACUCUCUCCAUCUCUGCUUCUCUAAAUUUAGCCAACAUGAACUUUUUUCCUGCCGAUGACCAAACUGAGCUGUGACAAAAUGUUACGGCCCUAAAUAAUGUCGAACCCCAAAUGACUGGAGGGUCUCUAAUUUAUUUCCCUAAAUGAUUUAGGAAGAACCUCUUUUUUUCAUUUUGCAUACUAAAGUUGAAAUGUAGAGAAUAAAGGUCGCAUGAUAAGAAUGAAGUUGACCAAUUUACUGUCAAAUAUGUAUAAAAAAAAUAUCAGUGGUGAAGGAUUUUCGAAAUCAGAGGAGGAUUUUUUUAACAUUUUGACUUCAUUCUCAACAGUCCAGAUUUUUGUAUUACCUAAAAAAAUCAAUCUUCAUCUUUCAUCACCUUGCUCAAUAUUGUUUGACAAAUUCUAAAUUUCUAGUCUGCUUCAUUUUUUGCUAAACAUCGGUGGGUGACCUGGCGAGUUAUUCAAACUAGUGCUGUCAGCAUCAUCUAGUUAAUCACGAUUAAGGUGUGAAAUCAAUGCAUGCAUUUUUUCAAUCCUAAUUUAUCGCAUGCUAUUUUGUCCCUUCAGGCGCACCAUGGAUAAUCCUCCUCAGUGUCUCCCUGUAGUCACAGGGAUGUAAAGCACAACAAUGCUGCAUCUUUGAAUGUCUCAUUUCACUUUAAAAUCUUCAGCCCUCAAACAUGACCAUUAAGAUGCUGUUCUCCUUCAAUCAUCAUUUCUAAAUGAAGAUAUUUGACAUCUUAAAUCUUCCAUGUGUCAAAUACAAAAGACACAUUUGUAAAUCAAGACAGUAGCUAUGAAACAGUUAGGGGUUUGUUUUUGUCAUGUUGAUGCUACUCUUACAAUAACUAAUACCUACAUUAACAUGUUUCCUUUAAAGAGAUGGCCAGAGAUGUCCUUGAUUACACUAGAUUCUGGAUUAAUUCAUGGAAAUGUAGCAUAGAUCAAAUGUCAUUUAUUAUGAAGGCAACAGUGGCCUGUUUAAGGUGUUUUAGAUAUCUGGCCUGGGCAUAUGAAGUGGAAAAAUGCCCCAAAUAAUGAAUUCUAAUCAUAUAAACUAAUGUAAAGGCUAAUUCAGAAUAUUUGGCUAACAAAGAAAUUGUUCUAAAUUAUUUUUGUCUUAGUUUAUUUGUUCAUAACUACUGCAGGGUACAAAUUGCUGCUUUGUGAUGACAUCCCCUGCAUCCAGUGUGAAACAUGUUGGAUAAAUACUCCCUUUUUCACGUAUCCAAAAUUGUAUAAAUACAGUAUGGAAAAAUCUUAA